CUCGAUUACUUUCAAAUUCAAAUGAUCAUAUCAUUCAAUUUGACGACUUCGUCUAAUCAAAUCUUAUGGAUUAUCGCUCUGGAAAAAUAAUUGAGCAUAGAGAUAUUAGUAAAAACAAUAUGCAAAAUAAAUCCUGUAGUGUCACUUUGAAUGGUUCGAUCUGUUGGGGUGUAGCCAAAGCUUUUAAAUUGGAACUCCUUGAUUGAGUUAGACGCCGCUAUUUAUAUCGCUAAGAAAUUUAGUGCCAGCCGAAACACUUUCAGAAGGAUUUCUCUCUUUUCGGGCAAUCAUCAAUGAGGUGUCCGAGAGUUCAACAAACAGGUUCUUACGAAAUACGAAGGAUGCAUCCUCUACGAUGACAAAAUCUACGUGAAGAUGGAUUAUGAGAUGCUUCCCAGACAAAAGUUCUAUAAAGCUGUAGACGACAAAACCCCAAGAAAGCUUUUUAUUUGACAAGGUACUUACAACUGCGAACAAAGAACUAAAGUUUACAUGAGAGACCCGACUAUGGAUUCCCAAAUGUACAAGACGGAGGAGUGCCUGAAAAAGCAACCCCAUGGAGGAAGCAACAGACAGCGAAAGUUAUCUUCUAAAGGAGUCAGAAAAACUAUCUUCAAAAGUUAAGACAGUGGAACAUUUUGAGUUGAAUGACAGCAGAAAGGCAAGUGAAUCAAUUAUUGCAAAUAAUGGAGUAGAGCAUCAGGAACCACCGGCAAUCGAAGAACUCACCGAAAAUGCUAUUGAAGAGAAAUUGCUCAACAAUGUGGAAAUAGAAUCAGAUUCCGAAUCUAACCUGGAUGAGGCAGCUCUUCUGGAAGAAGCAAAACCUGAUCCUGUUGAUCCGAUGAUAACCGACAAUACGGAAAAACUUAGUGAUAAUGUAACUCCUGAGUCAAUGUUUGCCGAUCAUGUUUCCGAUACACACCAGUGUACCAGUGCGCUUGAAACGCAAGUCGAAUAUUCUGAAGUUCCUCAACGAACCGAUUAUGAACAGGAGUAUUUGAAAACUAUGACGAUUUGUGAGAUUGGUCGUUGUUCUUGGGACAAAGCGACAAAGCAAAAUUACGUACGUGGAUGUCUCUGGUCUCCAGAUGGAACAUGCGUCCUAGCAGCGGUUAACAACGAUGGGAUGCAUGUGUUUGAACUUCCCUCGGAUAUGUACUCGUCACAACAAAUAUCUACAGAGCGCCCGGUUCAGCUGCUCGACGCUCCGGUACACGUGCGAGAAUCAACCUUGGUAUACGACUACAAAUGGUAUCCUGGGAUGAACAGUUCCAUGCCAGAGACCAGUGUGUGGAUUGCCUCUAGACAGCAUGAACCGAUUCAGAUGUGGGAUGCAUACACGGGAAAGAUCCGAUGUUCUUACAAAGGGUAUAAUUCGGUAGAUGAAGUAGAAGCAGCCCUUAGUCUUGCUUGGUCUUUGGACGGAGGGAGUAUAUAUGGUGGCUAUAAGAAAAGUAUCAAAGUGUUCGACGUGAAAACACCAGGAAGAGAAAUAUCCUCUUUUUCUACCAAAGUCACUGCUUCUUGUAUGACGGUAUGCUCACCAUUACCAAAUUUGUUAAUUUUCGGUUCAUGGAGUCGUUCAAUUACGGCUCUUGUGACCAACACUAAUCAAACCAUUCCUGUUGGAAACAACUCACAAGAGUGCAGUCACAAUGCUGGAGUUACGUUGCUCACGUUUAUUCCCCGGACGAAUCUGUUCGUAUCCGGUGGCCGAAAGGAUCGCAAACUGAUGAUGUGGGACAUUCGGAAAUUAACACAGCCGUACCAUGUACUCGAUCGGAUUUGCGAUACCAACCAGCGCAUCUAUUUCGACAGUUCGCCGUUUGGAGAAUGGCUCAUUACUGGUAACACAGACGGAACUGUGCGCGCCUGGAAUUUGCUGCAAAUCGAGACGGCCAGUAGGUCAUACCGUCAGUAUAAUUUUCCACUACAUCGGGAUUGUUGCAACGGCGUCUCGUUUCACCCAUCCAAACCAAUAGUGGCCACGGCGAGUGGACAAUUUCACUUCGCUUCCCCUGAACGCGCCGAGGAAGCUCUUGGCUUGGAUGACUCAGCUGCAGACAACAUGGUCGGGCUCCAAAAAUCUAAAGAUCAGGAAAAUUCACUUACACUAUGGUGGAUUGGCGCUUUGGAUUCUUCGGAACAAUAA